UUAAAAACGAAAAAUAGAAAAUUCUGUCUCUUUCUGUCCUUCAAGUUCAAGUUCUAUAGCGGCACAUACGUAGGUUAGAAAUCGAAAUUGACCUUGGUCGAAUUUUGCAAGAAAACGUAUGAGACAGAUGAAAGAAGUUUUCUCUUAAAGGCAUUGUUUAAAAUUCUUCUUCACUUUAACGCCCAAAUGGAUCCUCCUCGAAAUUCCUUCAAUCCCAACAAGCAUCUGAAAGAAGAAUUCGUAAGCAACCUGACAGGAUCUUCCAUUCUUGAAAUUGUCUCCCUCUCAACAAUUGUACCUGCUUUGAUUGUUUUGCGUCACUAUGUUUGUGCAAAGGGACUAUAUGGCCCUUUGCAUGCCAAGAAAAUCACAUCAAAGAAAGAAAAAGAUGGAACUAUUGAUGGUAGAAGUUGGAGAAUUUACAUGAGCACGCUGGUUAUGGAUUUCUUAUUUAUUGUUCUUCCAACCCUUCUUUUUCUCACUGUUCUAGCAGAAUGGACAAAUAUAUGUGCGAUUUGCCUGAUAUUGUUGUUGCUCUUCUGCAUCGGAGACAAAAGAUCAGGUUCAUAUUCAGAAAGAGGAUCUGACCUUGCAUAUUCCGUUAGGGCAAAUGUUUCAGCAUAUAGAGUUUCCAUGAUGAUUGUCACGUGCUUGUGCAUCUUGGCUGUGGAUUUCACAAUAUAUCCUCGGAGAUAUGCUAAGACUGAGACUUACGGUACUGGACUGAUGGAUCUCGGGGUAGGAUCAUUUGUCCUAGCAAAUUCUUUAGUUUCAAGACAAGCACGGAAUGUCUCGUCAAUGAAGUGGAAGACCGUUCUUCAAUCAACGAGUCCAAUGAUCAUCCUAGGAGUUGGCCGGCUCAUUUUUACGUCAGGUGUAGAUUAUCAGGUGCAUGUGGGAGAGUAUGGAGUACAUUGGAAUUUCUUUUUCACUCUUGCUGGCGUAUCUCUUUUAACUUCUUUGAUAAACAUUCAUUCUCGUUAUUGUGGUAUUCUUGGUUUAUCAAUUCUUAUAGGAUAUCAGCUAUGGUUAAGUUCUGGAAUAAAUGAGUUCCUUUUGUCCAAUGAAAGAGCAAAUAAUCUCUUUAGCCAAAACAAAGAGGGUGUUGUUAGUAUUUUUGGAUACUGGGGCAUGUAUUUAGUUGGAGUCCAAUUGGGAAACUUUCUUUUCUUCGGAAACAAUAGAAGAACCCGGAUGAGAGUCUGGAUUCUUGCUGUUAUAUUUUGGUUAUCAACUAUCAUAUUGGACAGGCAUGUCGAAAGAGUUUCCCGCAGAAUGUGCAAUCUGACAUAUGUUGCCUUCGUAUUAGCCCAAAACUUUCAGGUUUUGGCGAUUUUGGUGCUGUCGGAUUUUAUUCCUGGACAAAAAACUUCAGUUAUUGAAGAAGCAUUUGACCGAAAUUUACUAGGAUCAUUCCUCCUGGCCAAUAUCAUGACGGGUUUAAUAAACAUGAGCGUUGACACCAUCUCCACCUCAUCUAUCACAGCCUUGGCUAUCUUGGUUGGGUAUGCCUUCAUUUUGUCCAUCCUUGGUGGAUUUGCAGCAUUUUCAGGGAUCAAAUUAAAGUUUUGGUAACACUAGGAUGCACACAGAGACUUCCGAUGUACUCUUGUAGUCAAUUUUUUUCUGUAAGAUUUUUAUUUGAAUCUGUAAAGCUGGUAAUAUCUCAGUGUCCCUUUUUUUUAGUCAUUGCAUUCCAGAAUUAGUGAUAAGUUUGCCCACUAGCAAAGGAACCCAUAUUGAUCAGGGGAUAUUACCCGCCAGUAGCAAUCGAUGACAAUGUCAUGGCUCUCUGAUGCCUAUAAAAACAACCUUACUAUAGGAGUUACAUAUAUAUACAUCAAGGUGAGGAGCCUACAUUCACCACAUUUUUGCAAAUACAUGUGGGCUAUCUUCAUCCUCGUAAAUGAAGUUCGGUGUUUAGGCCACCAAAAUAGCUCAUAUUGGAGCCACGGAUUAUUAUCGCAACGAUCUGGUGGUAGCAGUGGACUAUUAAUUUUGUAAUAGCCACGGAUUUCAGUUGCCCACUGCCAGAGUCUUUUAAGGUUUCUUAUUCUUGUAAUACUUCAUUGACUAUUAAUUUUGGAUUAAAAGCAAAGAGCUUGAACAAGAUGAA